AUGAUACAAUUUAUCUUAAUGGUUAACAAGUAGGGCUAAACAAGGCUCUCAAAGUACUAUAACAGCUUUUCAGUGCAAGAGAGGAUCACAUUAGAAGGUGAAUUGAUUAGAAAAUGUUUGUCAAGGACUGAAAAUCAAUGUUCCUUCUUAGAGCAUAGACAGUAUAAAGUGAUAUAUAGAAGGUAUGCUUCGCUAUACUUCAUCAUAGCCAUAGACAUAGACGACGAUAUUAAUGAGCUGAGCUUCCUAGAAUUUAUCCAUAAUUUAGUUGAGACACUUGAUAAAUACUUUGAGAAUGUGUGCGAGUUAGACAUUAUGUUUAACAUUGAAAAGGCACAUUUUAUUAUGGAUGAGAUGGUGAUGAGUGGGUAUAUUCUAGAAACUAAUAAAGCUAAUAUACUCAACCCUGUGGUGGCAGUAGUCAAGUCAGCAGGUCUAUGA